CAUUUAUCAAUCAUGGCUGCACCCGUCGCUCUUAUUCAAGGUGCGAGCAGAGGACUGGGCUUUGGAUUCUGCAAAUAUAUACUUAAAAAUAAAUCACUCGCUACUGUUGUAGCAACAUGUCGAAACCCGGACGGGGCUGCAGAAUUGCGGAGCCUGGCCGGCCAACACCCGGGCCGACUGAUGGUCCUCAGACUGGACGUGAACCACGAGGAGGACAUCCGCGGAGCUGCAGAGAGGGUUAAGGAGAGCUUCGGUCGGCUGGAUCUAGUCGUCAACUCCUCGGCAAUGCUUCACCCUUCGGGGAAAGGAGAGACAAGCUUGAGGGAUGUUUCUGCACAGGGUAUCAUUUCCACCUUAACGACCAAUACAGUGGGUCCCCUGGUCAUGGCCAAGUAUUUCUCCCCCCUCCUUCUUAAGGGCAGUGGUGGAUUUGGUCAGCAGCCUGCAGAGAAAGCCAAACAGCACAGCGGGAUCAUUGUUAACAUCACAGCGAAAGUGGGAUCAAUUGGAGACAAUGGUCUUGGAGGUUGGUACAGCUACAGAAUGUCUAAAGCAGCUCUUAACAUGGCCACUAGGAAUUUGUCUAUAGAGCUGGGCCGCAGUCGACCCAAGGUUGUUUGUGUGUCCCUACAUCCAGGAACAGUGAACACAGACCUCUCCAGGCCUUAUCACCGGAAUGUGCCACAAGACAAGCUGUUCAGCGCUGAACACUCUGUGAACUGUCUAAUGAGCAUCGUUGACACACUAAAUAUAGAAAAGACUGGAAAAGCGUACAGCUGGGAUGGAACCGAACUACCGUGGUAGAAUUUCUAACAGAGGAAUUUCACCACUUCUGGUCUUAAUGGUGAAUUUCUGAGCAGCGUUGAGACAAUGUGGAGAUGAGCUGGACUUCAUGCUAUUGCCGUACAAGACAUUCGUGCUCAAGUGACAGUUCAGAUGGUCAAUGAAAAACCUCUUUUACUACCUCAUAAUUAUCCAAAGUGCUUAAAUCAUCUGUAGCACAUACAGCUUUUGUGUGAAGCCAUUAUUGACAAUGUAUCUGGUUUCGAUAUUUCAUACAACUCUCAUGUAGUUUAGCACUGCUCAUUUUGAUGGUAAAAAUCAUGAAAUACCUCACUAAUCUUGACGUCCUUCCCCAAUUCAGUAAUAUCAUCAGGUGGUUUGUAUUAAAGGUGUAUAAAUUA